UACAAUCUGAUUGGCUGAAUCCUCCAGUACAGUACAGAAAGCCUUGCCAAGUUAGGUUUGCAAUUGCUGACAGCCAUUAGCUUUUACACUGCCGUUGCACAGUCUCAGGAAGAAUGGCGCAGUACCAUGGACGUCUAUCAAAGGAUUCAGAUGUUGAAUUUGCUCACACAGGCUAUGGCAAAAAUGCAGUUAAAGUCCUUCAGAUCAAGAGGAGUGGAAAGCAACAUUUUAUUAAAGAAAUAGAAGCCUCUGUUCAACUUACCUUAAAGUCCAAGAGGGAUUAUUUAGAGGGAGAUAAUUCUGACAUCAUUCCUACAGAUACAAUUAAAAAUACCAUCUAUGCCUUGACAAAACUCAAAGGGAUUAAAACAAUAGAAGAAUUUUCCAUGGAGAUAUCAAGACAUUUUCUCACCUCCUUUAACCAUGUUACUAAUGUGAAAGUUUUUAUUGAGGAAGCCCCAUGGAGGCAUAUGGAAAAGAAUGGAAUGAGCCAUGUGCAUGCAUUUAUUUAUUCACCUGAAGGGGUUCACUUCUGUGAGCUGCAUCAAAAACAGGGAGGUCAACCGGUCAUUUACUCUGGCAUCAAAGAACUAAGAAUUCUGAAAACCACGCAAUCUGGAUUCGAAGGUUUCACAAAAGACCGUUUUACUACACUUCCUGAAGUGAAAGAUCGUUGCUUUUCAACCAUUGUCAACUGCAAAUGGAAAUACGGCACCAAUAAAGCAGUUGAUUACGAUGCAGUUUGGAAAACUAUAGUGGAAACCAUACUUGAUACAUUUGCUGGUCCUUAUGACAAAGGAGAAUAUUCUCCAUCUGUGCAGAAGACCCUCUAUGACAUCCAGGUGCUGAGCCUACAGAAAAUUCCUGAGAUUGAAGAAAUUGAAAUUAUCCUUCCAAACAAACAUUAUUUUACCAUCGACAUGAGCAAAAUGGGCUUGACCAACCAGGAUGAGGUCUUCAUGCCUGCUGACAUUCCUUACGGAAAUAUUGCUGGGACUUUAAGACGGAAACCAUCUUCAAAACUGUAAUAUGCACUGGUCAAAAGAAAACACACUCUAGUUGGC